UUUGUCGCGGCGAGAAAUAGUGCAGAAGAACGUGCUAGAACUAAGUAGAUUUAUAAGGUGCAUUAUUUGCAUUCUAUUCAUUUGCAUUCUAUUCAUUUGCAUUGGUCGAAGCACUUAUAUUCAUAAUUCAUUUUAUGAACCAAAACGAACCAUAAAUUCCAUUCAGAUUGAAUUAAAAUGAAAGGUAAUUAAUUAGCUAUGACAUAUUCAUAGUUUAGAAUCAAAGUGACAGAGACAGAGAAUAUUAAUAAUACAAGAGAAGAGGAAACAAAGAAAAGAAUCGCAUGAUGGACUCGGAGAUGGUGGAGGCGGAGGCGCCAUCGCAGCCGCAGGCCUCCAGUUCCGGCCAAAACGACGCCGUUCGCGAUUUGCUCACAUUGGCUCGCCACCUCAUCACUCAAGGCAAACCCUCCCAGGCCCUCCAAGCUGUGGUUGUAGCAAUGAAGAGUAGAGGUGGUGAUGAAGCUGUUUUCCAGUCCCUGCAUCGUGCUCGUGAGCUGUAUAGAAAUCGACUGCAAGAGAAUGCUGCAGUCGAUCAGCUGGCUUCUUUGUUUGCUGAGUGUGCUAUUGCUGAAGCUCAACCUGUAAUGAUUGAACCACCUGCCAAUAGCAACAUUAGCAGUCCAUUAUCAACUACCCCAGAUGCUCAUGGAACUUCCAUACUGGCUGAAAGUGGCAGGAUGCAAGUAGUGUUGGAUGCAGUUUCUGAUGGAAGCAGCUUCAUCUGUUUGAAGUGUGGAGGGCUUGUUAGUAACCAUCGCAAAGAUGAGCACUAUGCAUACUGGUGUUGUUAAUCACAGUUCUUUCUAUAAGGUUGUUGCCCAUCUUCCAUGGUGAUGCUACUUUUUUGUGCAUCUUUAAGAUGGAAUGAGCGAACAUCUGAGUUCUGAAUGCCUUAUACUUUGAUCUUGGGGAAAGUGUUGCUAUGCUACUGUCAUAGUGAAGUGAAUUGCCAAACUUUGUUUCCUUUGAAGACUUCAAUGCUAUAAACCAUACCAAUACAGAAUUGUCUCGGUAAACUUGGGUGUCCAAGUUUGGGCCAUCAGUACCUCAUGUAAUCUUUAGUUUAUUUUUGUGUUCUUUUUGAGUUGAUAUGUUUUAUUAAUAAUUAUAAAAGUAAUACUUGAUUUUCACUGUUUUUCA